CACACACACUCACUCUAUCUCCCUCUUUCUCUCUCUCCUUCAUGCUCUCUCCCUCCCUCUCUCUCUCUCUGUCAGUGUCAUUCUGUAGUUGAGAUGUGGAGGGUCUUUCUGUCUCUCUGUCUGUUGUUCCAGCCCAAUUCAGCGGAGGAAGUGAUGCUGCUGGAGACAACAGAGUCUACCUCAGAGCUGGGCUGGACCACCUAUCCAGACACAGGGUGGGAUGAGGUCAGUGUCCUGGACGACCGGGGGAAGCUCAUACGAACCUUUGAGGUCUGUAAUGUCAACCAAAAUCCACGUCUACAGGACAACUGGUUGGCUACACCUUUCCUGUACCGCCACUCAGCUCCGCGGGUGUUUGUCACGUUGCGUUUCUCUGUGCGUGACUGCGGCAGCCUGCGAUCACCAUCACCCACCUGCCGGGAGACACUCACCCUGUACUACAAACAGGCAGACUCCCAGAGGGAGCUGGAGAAGACCUGGGUGGCUGAGCCGUCCAGCAAGGAGAAGGAUUCCAGGGAGGGCUGGGUGAAAGUGGACACCAUUGCAGCUGAUAAGAGUUUCUCCAAGGUGGAGCCAAGUUCACCUCACCAGUACCAACCAAACAGAUACAGCCGAAUCAACGUCAAGACACGCAGCUUUGCCCCUCUCACACGAAAUGGAUUUGUCCUGGCUAUUGUCGACAGUGGAGCUUGUGUUUCCCUCAUGGGUGUGUCUAUCUUCUACCGGCGCUGUCCAGCCACCAGCCUCUUCUUGGCGUCCUACCCGGCAACUCCCUCAGGCGCAGAGCCGACAGCCUUGGUGCCUGUGAGUGGGACAUGUGUCCCCCACAGUAAAGCGCAGGCUGGCGCGGCCCCUCGCAUGCACUGCAAUGCUGAAGGAGAGUGGAUGGUACCUGUAGGGGGGUGCGUCUGUGAUGGAGGCUAUGAGCCCAACCUCAACGGAUCCGCCUGCUUGGCCUGUCCUGUGGGCUACUUCAAGUCAGUUCCGGGCUCUGCUCCCUGCUCGGUCUGUCCCGCCAACAGCAGAACCAGUCAAAGGGGAUCGAGUGUGUGCGAAUGUCGGAGUGGCUUUUACCGGGCAGCCAAUGAUGCCAAUUCUUCUGCCUGCACAACUCCUCCAUCUGCUCCGGUCUCUCUGUCCUGGGAGUAUGAGAGUGACGACGGCGGGGUCUCCAUUAGGUGGCGCCCUCCAGUGGACAUGGGAGGCCGCAGUGAAGUGUGGUACGGGUUGGUGUGCCGCAUCUGCCCCUCACCCACCUUCACCAACCCGGCGUCAUGCUCCUGGUGUGGGGAGGGCGUCACUUUCAGCCCCACCCAGACCAACCUGAAACAAACCAAGGUCACGCUCAACAACCUGUUGACCAGAGUCACUUAUCUCAUACAGGUGCAGGCCAUGAAUGAGGUGUCAGCUUUGAGUCCUUUCUCAGCUCGAUAUUCAAGCAUCAAUUUCACGACAAGCCAGUCAGUUCCCAGUACUGUUCCCAUGAUGCACCAGCUAAGCCGAGCCCCAGACUCCAUCACUCUGUCAUGGCCUCAGCCAGACCGACCCAACGGUGACAUCCUGGAGUACCAACUCAGAUAUUUCGACAAGGGUUCAGAUGUGGACAGUGCCGUGAGUGUGUACAGUGAGACCAACACUGUGACCAUCAACUCUCUGAUUCCCGGCUCCAUCUACGGCUUCCAGAUCCGAGCUCGGAAUGAACGAGGCUACGGCCCCUACAGCAACACCAUCUACUUCACCACACUGCCUCUGGAAGAACACUCACAGCAGAUCCAGAAUCGUCUUCCUCUGCUGGUCGGUUCGGUGAUGGGUGGGGCGGCAUUUCUUCUUGUUGUGGCAGCGAUUGUGGUUGUGGUGGUAUUUCGCAGUAAGAGGAGGGAGAGCCCAUACAGCGACAGACUCCAGAGAUACAUCAGUAACCGAGGUGGAGUAAAGUAUUAUGUGGACCCGUCCACCUACGAGGACCCCAGUGAGGCCGUCAAAGAGUUUGCCCGUGAGAUAGAUCCCGCUCACCUCAAGAUCGAGGAGGUGAUUGGUCCAGCUCAGUUUGGUGAGGUGUCCCGAGGUCGUUACCGUCCGCUGGGUCGCAGGGAGGUGCUGGUAGCGGUGAAGACGCUUCGCUGGGGGGCGUCUGACAGGGAGAGGGGGAUGUUCCUGAGUGAAGCAGGGGUCCUGGGCCAGUUUGACCACCCCAACGUGCUGAAGCUGGAAGGCGUUGUCACUCACAGCCCUCCGGAGAGGAUCAUAACUGAGUUCAUGGAGAACGGACCACUGGACGCAUUCCUCAGGGAGAACGAGGGCCAGUUCAGCAUCCUCCAGCUUGUUGGCAUGCUCAGGGGAGUUGGUGCAGGGAUGCGUUACCUCUCUGAGAGAAACUUUGUCCACCGUGACCUGGCAGCCAGAAACGUGCUGGUCAACUCCAACCUGGUCUGUAAGGUGUCUGACUUUGGCCUGUCCCGACUCAUGAGGGGCCUGGACCACAACAUACCUACGUACACUGCCUCAUUGGGCAGUAAGAUUCCUGUGAGGUGGACAGCGCCAGAAGCUUUUCAGCAUCGCAAGUUCAGCUCGGCCAGUGAUGCCUGGAGCUUCGGCAUACUUAUGUGGGAAGUUAUGUCAUACGGAGAGCGCCCCUACUGGGACAUGAGCAAUCAAGAAGUGAUGAAGGCAGUGGCAGACCAGUACCGUCUCCCUGCCCCCCACAGCUGCCCCCCUGCCCUCCACUCUCUCAUGCUUCAGUGCUGGCAGGCAGAUCGAGGGGACCGUCCAGCCUUCGACUCCCUCCUGUCCUCCUUGGAUCGGCUCAUCAGGCACCCCGCCACCCUCAAGACGGAGCCAACUCGAAGCUGUUCUCAGACACUGCUCAGCCCCACCCCCACAGACUUAUCAGCAGUGGCGACAGUCAGUGAUUGGCUGAAGGCGUUGAGGAUGGAAAGAUAUCAGGAUGAGUUUGACCGGGCACAUCUGGACGAUUUAGACAGAGUCAGCAAGCUCACCAUGGAUGAUGUCCAGCAUCUCGGGGUGAACCUCCUGGGACACCAGAGGAAGAUCGUCACCGCGGCCCAGCAGCUCCGGGCCCAUCUGACACAGGGGCAGGUGGAGGUGUGAAAUCCACCGACGGAACAACCUGUGCCAUGGAUUUCUAUGGUUUUCACUCUCCUCUGCUUGUUGUGUCUGGUUUCUGCAGCACGCUUAUGUUCACAGAGCACAUUUUGAGCCCUAACAAAGAGAGAAUCUGCGUAUUGUGCCGCUGUGUAUUCUGAUAAAAAACUGACACUACAACCAGAGGGGGUGGAAAGGCAGGACCGGACUUUUCCCGCCAGUCACUCGAGACAAAUAAAAGAAGAGAGAUGAUCUGUGAUGGCUGGAGUCCAGGUCAAAGUGAGGUCAGGGGGUUGCAAAUGAGAACGAGGACUUUAAAGAAUCCUCUAUGUUUUUCACUAGUUUUCACUUUGCUGUUGUCUGCCUUCUCUCCCCACCCAUCUGCAGUCCUACCUUUCACCUUCUCUUCCACUACUUUCCCUAGUCCAUCUCCCCAUGCCCCCACCCUCAUUGAGUACAGUAAAAGUAUGAAAAUAUUUUUUGUUAAAAUACUUAUGGAGAUUUCUCCUCACAAAGAAUUGCGUGAAGACAAUCAAAGCCUUUUUGUCUAAUAUUUGAGUUGUUUGUAAGGUUUUAUCGUUUCCUCUCUACUUCAAACACCCAAUGCUAAAAGCAGAAAACAGUGUGCUACCUAGCAGCCUAUGGUUUGCCUCAUAAGGUCUCACCAUUAGCUUCCAGAAGAAUUCAUAAUUUGCUCAGUGUCUGAGCAAAAUGCUGUAAACCACCAGUCCAAGGCAGUAUGAAUAGUAUGAAUAGUUGCAAUGAAUUUGGGAAAACAAAAAAGAUAUUCUUUUCCCUGUCUACAAGACAUAUCCAUGGUCUGAGAGCAGCCGUGUUUGUAUGAAUCACUGUCACUGUCGGGCUUUGCAUAUGUGCCGUUGAACGCUACAAAAUGUCACCUCAGCUGCAAACACUACGUCCAAUCUGUGAUGAGGACAGAACUGAACAGCACUCACCUAUAUGUGUACAUUUCACACUCCACCUCUUCUUGUUUGAUUACCAGAGUAAAGACACUGAGUCAUUGAAGCAUUGUGAAUGUGUGAAAAGGGAAAGAUGGACAAAAUCUGAUCUGAUUUACACUUGAAGGAAGGAGGCAAAAUGCUUUGUAAGUAUGUACCUGUAUGUACCUGUGUGUCUGUGUCUUUUGUAUGCCGUAGUGUGUGUGCGUGUGUAUGUGUGUGUUUGUGAGAGAGAGAGAGAGAGAGACACAAGUGUGUCAGGCUACACACAUUAUUAGCUGUUAGUGUACACCACUAUUCCAUAAUUGUGAAAAUUUGUA